UUACCGCCAACCAUCUAACAAGGAUAGCCCUACGCUAACUCAGCCUAAAUGGUGUAUUUAAUGGCGUGUGGACGGCGUUGUGCGUGCAUUGUGCGCUUUGCGUCGUGUUGGUAUACGCACCGUUUGACACGAUUUUAGUAUCGUUGGUAUCGUAUACAGCCUUAAAUCUGGUCCCGGUGGUGGUAGGCCCCUAUUUCGAUGUGUUCCGCAUGAUACAGCUUUCACGAAGCCUUCUGUUGCGACCAUGGGUGACGCGAAAGACAAGAUCCCUCAGGAAUCCAACGAACAGCGUGGGAGCGGCGACGAUUCCGAAGAUGAAAGCGAAGUCCUAGAAGAGAGCCCUUGUGGCCGAUGGCUCAAGCGGAGGGAAGAGGUUCAGCAGCGGGACAUUCCAGGCAUAGAUGCUGCCUACCUUGCAAUGGACACCGAUGAGGGUGUUGAGGUUGUCUGGAACGAAGUCAAGUUCUCUGAAAGAAAAAAUUUCAAGGCCAAAGAGGAGAAAAUACGUGAGGUCUUUGACAGCUUGGCUCAACUUGAGCACCCAAACAUAGUCAAGAUCCACAAGUACUGGAUGGACAAGGACUCGGAAAAGCCAAGAGUCAUUUUCAUCACUGAGUACAUGUCCAGCGGAUCGCUGAAGCAGUUCCUAAAGAAAACGAAGCGAAAUGUCAUCAAGCUCCCCCUGCAGGCAUGGAAGAGAUGGUGCAACCAGAUUCUCUCGGCCCUAAGUUACCUCCACUCUUGUCAGCCACCCAUCCUGCACGGGAAUAUGACAUGCGACACCAUUUUCAUCCAGCACAACGGCCUCGUCAAGAUUGGAUCUGGCUCUCUUGCGUGUGCAAGACUUGCUACUAUCUCUUAUGGUGAAAUUACCCCACAUGUGGCGCCUGAUGCAAUCAACCACCAUGUCAAGACUUUUCGUGAAAACAUCAAGAAUGUGCACUUUGUGGCGCCCGAGUAUGGAAGUAAGUCGACUGCACCUGUUGUAACACCCGCUGCUGACAUAUACUCGUUUGGGAUGUGUGCUCUCGAGAUGGCAGCACUGGAGAUUCCUGGAAAUGGUGAUUCGGGCACGCAAAUCACCGAAGAAGUCGUCAACAAGACGAUCGAGUCUUUAGAAAACGUUCAGCAAAAGGACUUUAUCCGCAAGUGCCUGCGAAAAAAUCCGCUGGAGAGGCCAACUGCCAGGGAGCUGCUUUUUCAUCCAGUCAUCUUUGAGGUUCACUCCUUGCAAGUCCUGGCAGCACAUGUCAUCAUCGAAAGUGCCUCUUAUCACCCAGACCAACUGACGGAUGAGGCCGUGAUUUCGAGGUACAGCCAGGCAGACAUCGUUGCCGAGAUUACUCACCGGGACGGCAGGGUUGGCGUGCAGCUGCGAAAGAAUGAGGUGCCCAAGCUGGAGCUGGAGAAGCUGCUGGAAGAUGUCAGAAAUGGCAUCUACCCCUUGACGGCAUUUGUAAUGUCGCACCAGCCAGUCGUGAGGCCCCGGGCAUCAUCACCUGAGGUGUCCGAGUCUGUCCAGUCCGCAUCACCAGAACCGUUCGACGCUGAGACGCGCCGCAUUAUAAACAUGAUGUGCAACAUCAAGCAGCAAGACGAAUCUCAAAACUUUGUUAUGACACUCUUGCUGCGUAUGGACGACAAAAUGAAUCGCCAAUUGACUUGUGAGCUCAGCAUAAAGGACACGCCAUCAGUGCUGGCCACAGAGCUGGUUCACUAUGGCUUCAUCAACAAGGAUGACAGGAAUAUGGUGGAGGUUCUGAUCCAGGACACGCUAAGCCGCAGCCACAUUCCAGGCAUCUCCAAUCAAGGUCAAGGAGCCCCAAUUUCCGUCGGUGCCGCGUGACCUCCCGCCUCGAGACCAUCCUCUUUAGUCAUGGUGCCGUCUCUUUAGAGUGGACUCCGGGGGGGCGAGAGAGAUGGGGCUGGUGAUGUCUGUGCCUGUGUGGGGUGUGCUUGCCCAAGGAACUGCUAGCUUCUUGAGGAACUGCUAGCUUUCUUUCUAGUGUGUGCAUGUGUGAAAGCGGUUGCUCGUGCAGCAAUUGCAAUGUCGACCGCUCCCACUUGCCUUGCGAAUAAAGGUGGGGUUUCUCAAGGUCAGUCAAAGGCCAUCUGCGAGUUCGGCCUUCCCCAAUUUUUUUCUUUCGUUCUUUUUUGGCUUCGGAAGGAGCAAGCUGGGGCCAAGUGCUCGCGUACUGUACAGAAGUUUGUAUAUCGUGGAGUGAGGUGGAAACUUGAGCUGAAGAGAGAGGAUCAGGGGAAGGGUUCUAGUGCAAUAGGUUGUAUCAUGCUAGAGCACCAUUUGUACUAGCCAUAUUUUGCGUUACGCUGCUCUGACAACCUCGUCUGUGCUGCCAGUGCUUGCCGCAUCGGCACAAGCAACAGCUGCCAAAAGAAACUUGUAUGACGUGCCCUUGUUUAAGGCUACCAGAACUUGCUUUAGAUGAGCUCUUGUACUGAGCAUUCCCAAUGCGGCACAGUCCUUAUGCAGUAUACUAGUCCUUGUUAGCAGCCCGCAGUAGUGCUGGCACGAGACGAAAUCUAUUGGCAGAUGAAGCGACUUCCAGGGGGACACGUCUUUCCACAGCUUCGAAAAUGUUGUGGAACACUGCUCCUGAGAAGGCAUGCACUGCACUGGCACUACAGUCGCUUAUUAAUCGAAGCAGCGCAUUUAGUCUUUGUUUGCUGCCCCCCCCCCUCUCUCUCCCCAGUACUGUACAAAGGUUGUCAGGAUAACCGCAAGAACGCUAUUGUCAUUUUGCAUGAUAGCAUAAGGGAUAGCACAUGCCUUGGAAAGCUGAACGUGCAUUCCCGCUUCCUUUUUACAAUGUUGUUUGUAUGAAAAGCAAAAGAAGGCCUUAAAAAAAAAAAAAUCCUUUUGUUUUUUUUCUCUGCACUGGACUUGGGCUAGGUGCCAUCUUCAUUGUGCCACUUUUUUUAGCCGUAGUGUGUCUUAAACUGAUGUCACACUGUCACAUUUUCGAUUGCAAGGCUCAGUCGCCAUCAAAAGUAGCUAUGUCACACUAAUGUUAGUGCAAAAUUAUUUUUACCAAGAGUGGGCGCAGUAGCUUACAUCACGGUUUGCUUGGUGGAGAUGUUUGCGAGAACAAGAGGUGGUCACCCGCAUGACAAUUGGAGUAUGCUUUAGUGAGCUGUCAGUUAUGCAUUAGCCUUCAUUUGGCAUUCUCUAGUGGUGCAUUAUGGUUGCCAGGAACAAAAAGGGUGGGCUUUCAGCUGGUUACCAGGCCUGUAUUUUUGCUUUUUACCAGAUAUGCAGCUGAAGGGUGCGGCCUUUCUUUACCUUUCUUUUUUUUGCCUGGUUUAAAGGUGUCUCGCUUCAAUUUUUUGUUUCUGUGAAUAGAAUUUGUCUGCCACAGGGGACUAUGAAUAAAAAUUUAAGCCUUCACA